AUGGAAGCUCAUCCGGAAUGGCUGCUCGAAAAGAUGUUCAUGAUGUUAGAAGAGCGGUCGCGUUUUCGCCUGGCCAUGACUUCCCGGGACGCUUUGGCCUCCGCAGAACACCACGUCUUGGCCUUGGUGGUGCACGGGACGCCUUUGGCACGACAUCAUUUGGUGCGCCAGGCAUUGUCACCGGAGAGCCCCGGUGCAUCCAAACACCGGCGCCAGAGGCAGAUGGUGCAUUCAUCCUCUCCACUGUACUUGGCUAGAUGUAUGGGUCGAAUUUUGCAGAAGGUAGCGGUGUCGGGCACGUUGUGUCACCACGGCGGUACGGUGGUCAGCUACUCGGGGCAGCUACGGCAGCUCUUCGAGGAUGGCGAGCUGGAGAUCGAGCUUCGAGCGAAGACGGAAAUUCUCACGGAGUGCGGGGAAGACGUUGCUGACGUGCUGCGCAUCGUUGCAAGCUGGAAUUUCGAGGAUGAUCAGAUCCUGGCCUGGAAGGAAGACACAGGUAUGGGCAUCAAUGACUGGGUGGGAUAUUUGGACAUCAUGGGUUGCCAAUUGACCUUGCGGAAUGCGCUGGGCAGUGACAUCAUUUUGAAGUUCCUGGAGCCGCACCAGGCAGCACCACGACUCAGCUCGUGGCUGGAGGACUUCUUCAACUUUCCCGAAGCCGCCUUGGAGGCCCCGUGCUGUGGGCCUGUCUUCCUAGCGCUUGGGCGCAUGGGACACUGA